AUGAUCAUAUCUUCUAUCGUGUUGAUCCAACUGUUGGCCUAUGGUGUACCACUGGUUCAAGCAGGUUCCUAUAUGGAGACCUACCAGAAGUACAAAGGCCAUAAUAAAGCCUACUCGCUUUUCUGCACCAUGACCGUUAAGGAAUUGACUAAGGAGCGUUUGGUGGCCGAUAUUAAAAUGGAAAAUACGUUUUAUCAUUACAUAUGUUAUGGUUGCGAAUUCUACUACAUGAUCUCUAUAUCCGGAACCACUAAUCGAAGUACUGCUCUGCGGGAAUCCUAUAAGCUCCAGACCAGUUCGUGGGGUAUUGCUGAUAACGACUGCCAGUCGAGGCAGUGCCUCGACGACCUCGCUCGUGAGUUGCAUAUGGGUCUUCACUGUCGCUACAAUGCCUACCCGCAAAACGGUCAUAUGAUCUUCGAGGCUUGCCGUCAACGAUUUGACCUGUCUCCGGAAAGCUAA